AUGUCAACUGAAUCUUUCAAAACGUGUUCUGAUGGUGCUGAAUCCAUUGAAUUACAAGAACUUGAAGCAAUGGAAGAGUCAAAAGGUGAACAAAUCCAGGAAAUUAACAAAGACGUGAUUAAAGAUGAUACCACAGUUAGUGAUUUAGAAAAACAAUCACCACAACCAACUCCUCCAAAAGAUAAUACUCCAUAUUCUGCAUUCUCACAAAAUAGAAAAAAUUUCAUAGUUGGUUUAGUUACAAUGGCUGGAUUCUUAGGUCCUGUUAGUGGGAAUAUUUAUAUCCCAAUCUUACCUUUAUUACAAGAUGUUUUCAAAUGUUCAGAAACUACAAUAAAUGCAACAGUUUCUGUAUUUAUGGCAAUUUUUGCAAUUGCUCCAUUAUUAUGGGCUUCAUGGGCUGAUUUUGGUGGUAGAAAAUUAUUGUAUUUAACUUCAUUAGUGUUUUUUUUAAUUUCAAAUAUCUUGUUAGCUUCAUUACCUCCAAAUAUUGGUGCUUUAUUCGUAUUGAGAAUUGUUCAAGCUUUUGGUGCUUCAAGUGUUAUGAGUGUUGGUGCUGGUACUGUUGCCGAUAUAGUGGAACCAAAAGAUCGUGCUAAAGCUAUUAGUUAUUUCAUGUUGGGUCCUCAAUUAGGUCCAAUACUUGGUCCAAUUUUAAGUAUUAUUGCAUCAAAUGGUUCAUGGAGAUGGAUUUUUGGAUUUUUAGCCAUAUAUGGUGGUGUUGUUUAUUUAUUAAUUAUUUUUUUAUUACCAGAAACUUUACGUUAUCUUGUUGGUAAUGGAGAAAUUUAUAAUCAACAUUCAAAAUCAAUAUUAAAUUGGUUCAUAAUUCCAAAACAUUUAAAACAACCAAAAUUAGUCCAGGAUUCACCAAAAUAUCCAAAACCACCAAAACCAUCAUUGAAAAAUUAUUAUAGAAUUUUAAAAUAUAAACCUGUUUUACUUUGUUCAAUAAAUGCAGGUUUAUUAUUUGCAACUUUUUAUGGUAUGAGUGUUACAUUUACAAGAAUUUUACAAGAAAAUUAUGGUUUUACAAAUUUACAAAGAUCUUUAGCAUAUAUUUGUCCUGGUGCUUCAUUAAUUAGUGGUUCAUUAAUUGGUGGAAGAUUAAGUGAUAAAUUACGUCGUUAUUUAAUUCAAAAAAAUCCUGAAACUUAUGUCCCAGAAAAUCGUUUUAGUUUACAAAUUUUCGGUUUAUUAAUUUCAAUGAUUGGUGUUUUGGGGUAUGGUUGGUUAGUUGAUAAAAAAGUUCAUGUUUCUGCAGUGUUUGUUUUCACAUUUUUAGGUGGAUUUGGUAUGACUUGGGUAUUUGUUACAACAACAACUUAUUUAACUGAAUGUUCAACAAGACAACCUGCAACAAAUGUUGCAAUUGGAAAUUUUUUCAGAAAUUCAGCAGCUGCAAUUUCAUCAGUUUUAAUUGAUAUAUUGAUUAAAAAAAUGGGAUUUGGUUGGUGUUUUACAGGAUUAGCUUUAAUUGAUUUAAUUGGAUUGGUAUUUGUUAUUAUCUUGAUGAUUAAAGGUCCAAAAUGGAGGAAAGAAUGGGAAAAAUCUUUAAAUCAACAUUAA